CUGUCUCCUUUAUUUCUUAGCCUAAAGGAACGCGUAGUGUUGCUCGCUGAAAUCUUCCGGCUGGCCCGGCAAGUGGCGCCCAACAGCGUGGAGCUCAACGAAAGUUCCUUGCGGCCGCUGCCCGUUGAAACUAUUAAGAUGCAGAAUACUUUGGUUAUGAUUAUGACCAUGACCACCGUAAUUGGAUAGUGGAUAUUCCUAGCAUUACGAAAUCUACAGGAUAUGCACGACGAGUCAAUGGAACCGGACCUAAAGACAUUCCAUUUUGUGGCCUGGGGGUAAAAGGACGAUAUAUAGCUGUGCCAUGGAAACUUUGUAGAGAUGAGACUGCUACUGUAUAUUCUAUUACUAAUGACACACAUUCACUUUGGGACUGGUCGCCAGACUCCAACAGGAACCCCGGAAAGGAAGGCGGCAGACAACUUGCAGCUAGAAUUUGGAAUCUUGGUGGCACCACGGUGUAUCAGACUGAGAUAUGGAAGCUGUUGGCUGCUUUCAGAACAGAUGGGUCCCUUUUACGGACUGGAGGAAAGACCAAAGGAGUACUAUCCUGGAGAGCGUAUUGGUGGAAUGAGACUUGGAGAUAUCCUCGGGCCUGCGUACCCUAUCCCUUUAUGAUCCUUGUUGGCUCUGUGACUCUUUCAAAAAAUGCUGGCCUAUAUCAUGUUCAUUGUUUUAAUUGUACCCUGACUAAUUGUAUAAGAGGUAUGGAAAAUAAUUCUGGGGCUCUGAUAGUUAAACAACCACCCUUUGUCAUGAUGCCUGUAAAUCUUACUGAGCCCUGGUAUGAAGAGUCAGGGCUUGAGCUGUGGAAUAAAGUGCGUACAGCCCUUGCUAGGCCACGAAGGGGGAUAGGAUUAAUAAUUCUAGGAGUAGUAACGCUUAUAACUUUAAUUGCUUCUGCUACUACUGCUUCUGUAUCCUUAGCUCAAUCUGUACAUACUGCUAAUAUUGUAGAUGAUUUAGCAAAGAACACUUCAAAAGCUUUAGGAAUUCAGGAAGAUAUAGAUAGAAAACUAGAAGAUAGGCUAAAUGCCCUCUAUGAUACCGUGAGAUUUUUGGGAGAAGAAAUAUUAGGCUUAAAACUGAGGGCAAAAAUCAGGUGUCAUGCUAACUAUCGUUGGAUUUGUGUAACUCCAAAAAUUUAUAAUAAUACUGAGACCCCUUGGAAUAAGAUAAAAUUACAUUUAGAUGGUAUUUGGCAUAAUGAAAACAUUUCCUUAGAUCUAUUACAACUUCAUCAGGAAAUUCUUGAUAUAGAAAAUGCUCCUCGGGCUAGUAUGGAUUUGGCAGAAAAUGCUGAAGAGUUUGUUAAAAGUUUGUUUUCCAAUUUUCCUUCAAUAACCUCACUUUGGCAUCUUUUUUCAGGGGUCGUGGCCAUGCUUCUGGUAUUAGCGCUUUUUGUGUGCAUUACUCCUUGUAUCAUAAAGAAAUUUGUCAAAGAGUUGUGGGACAUCAAGGCUGUCCUACACAGUAAUUAUUUACGCCAAAAGAAUCAGGCGUGCCAUUUUAUUUAAUAAAAGAGGGGGAGCUGCGGGGAGCGGCUUGAAAAAGCUGACUCUGGGAGCUGCCUUGAUUGAUCAUCAAGGGUCUGUUCGCAGACAUAGCUCUCUGUCCCGCCACCCCUCUGAAAUUUACUAUCCAAGUUAACUCCUAACAGACCAUUAGUGAGCCUUGAAUGUACACAAGGUGCAGAUAGAUGGCUUUGCACGACUGCCCUUAAGAUAAGUAGGAUGCCUUUGGCGCCAUGAGAGAGCUCUGGUUAUUGUUAUCUUAAAGAUGAUGUACAUGGGGAAGAAUUUUCUUUGUGAUGCCUCUCUUCUUGGUUUAGUAUAUAUGUAACCCUGAGAAAUAAAGAAUCAUCGUUG